AUGUCGAAAACUUUGGAACCACCAUUACCCACAUAUCUGGUCAAUUUUGAAAACUAUCUGAAACCCAAAAAACUAAACCAGUGUCAGUCCCUUCAGCAUUUUGAGAAGCCCAAAGGACGAAUCUCGUAUCUCACAAGGAGCCUUAAGCGUUUAAAACUUCUGAGGUGGUACUAUAGUCUCUCGAAAUCCUUUGGACAACUGCCUUUGCCUAGAUUUCUGGGCUUCCUGCGUGCCCGCAAGGACGAUGGCCUGUGCAAACGGAAAACGGGCUUUGAGAUCUACUGUGAGAUGGCCAGCAUUCAUGGCUUUCACAUUUUUGUGGGGGCCAAAACCUGGCAGAGAAUCCUCUGGUGGCUGCUCAUUUGCACCGCGGUUCUGCUCUCAUUCAUCAUUGUGAUUAUGUCUCUUUCGAUGAGUAGGGAAGCUCCCACUAUACACUUUAUAGACACCAUGAUGAAGCCCACAUCAGAGGUUUCCUUUCCUGCAGUCACCAUUUGUGGACUCAAUAAGAUUUCCAAGGAAAGAUUACUUGCCAAAUCAAGGGAAUAUCUGAACUCUUCCAUAGCAGAAAAACUAUCGCAUAGAAAUGCAAGUUGGUUACGACUCCUGGAAGAUCUAAGUCCUUCGAUCUGUGAGCAAGUCAAGAGCUGUCAGUGGGAAAAUCGCUUGGAAAACUGUGGGGAAAAACUGCAUCCGAUCUGGACUCCCGACCAAAGACUGUGUUGCAGCUUUAAUUACCAACAGCUGCGUUUUUAUUCGAGUUUAGGUCUUAGUGUGGUGUUAAGCUCUGAUAAUAGAGACUUUGGAAGCUCUUCUACUGCAUCCGCUGGAUUUGAGAUCCUUAUACAUGAAUCUCACGAAAUACCUAGUGGUUUCACUCCGAAAUUACAUGUACCCAGCAGAUCUGAGGCUCAUUUAAUGGUCCGACCUUUUGUUAACCGACUUACAGAAAGUCUGGACAGCAUAGAUCUUGACAAGAGAGCUUGUUAUUUACCUAAAGAACGAAGUCUAUUUAAUUUUUCUGUGUACAGCCAAGGAAAUUGCUUGGCCGAGUGUCGCAGCGAAGGAAUCUUCAGAUCCUGCGGCUGUAUUCCCCCGAACUCUCCCGGUCGAAAUGGUUGGACACUCUGCGACCUUCAGCAAAUCCAGUGCACCAUUAAUUAUGAUAAUGCCGAUCGAAUCAAUGAAGAACAAAAGAUAUGCAAAUGCCUUCCGCCUUGCCAAUUCCAUCGCUAUGAGUUUCAAGGUGAUAUUCGACUUUUAAAGGAGAUGACUAACAAUAGUAUUGGAGACUCAAGUCAAAUUUCCCCAAAUGAGGUUCGACUUCGCAUUUACUACGACACACCGAUAGCUGAGGAGCAAGUCCUGGAUAUCUACGAAAAUUGGCUGACAUUCAUAGGCACCUUUGGCGGCAUUACCGGACUAUUUAUGGGCUGCAGUUUUGUGUCGGUCUUUGAGCUGGUUUUCUUCACCUGUGUGCGACCCACCUGCAAUUGGCUGACCCGCCAGCAGAUACUUUGGAGGAGGCGGCAAAAGGUUGCAGUCAUAAGAACGGGCUAA